AUGGCUGGACCUGAAGAAAGGGGUGACAGAGGUGCUGGUGGCAGUGGAGGACCCCAAGCACAAGGUCAACCCCGUGAUUCAGCCAUGGUGUCCACGCAACCGACUCUUGGUCCUUCUAAGGACGAACCAAGAGUUUUCUGGCUCGACAAGUUCAACCGCGACAACUUUGCUGAGUGGUCCUUCAGAAUGGAGAACGUGUUUGACCACUAUGACCUGCUGGAGAUCCGUCACAUCAAGCCUUUCCAGCGUGAACCAGAGAAGGGACCUAAAGCAUGGGCUGCUCUCAAGGGUGUACACGCUCCUGCAACAGUGGCGGUAGCUGUGGUGUUGGAACGGCAAAUGGCGACGCUACGCCUUGAGAAAGAUGAACCCGUGGAAGAAAGUGUGCAGAAAUUCUUCGACUUGUUGACACGACUUGAGGGAGCUGAUUUGAACUACAGUGAGCUCCAAAAGAAGACCAAGUUGCUGGCCCUACUCCCCGAAUCGUGGUCCUCUCUCAUCAUCAACCUUAAUCGUGACCUGCCCCGCCUCUCGCUUGAAGAUGUGAAGCGAGCGAUCCUUCAAGAAGACUUCCGCCGCCGUGAGUUGGCGAGUGCAGAUGGCGCUGGGGCAGCGAGCAUCGGCCAGCGAGUGCGGAUGGCGCUGGGCCAGCGAGCAUCGGCCGUGGAUAUGGUCGAGGAAGAGGCAGAGGACGAGGGGGAGGAAGGUUUGGUGGCAGCAACUUCAGUGGAGGCCGCGGGAAUGGCGGAUACGGCAGCGACGACAAGAGCUACGGUCGCGGUCGCGGACGAUUUGACGGCGAAUGUCACAUGUCACAAGACCGGACACAUGUGGCGCGAUUGCUACAAACUCCCUGAAAGAUGGAACCCUGCUCAAAGCCAAGAGGGUAGAGGAGCAGGAGGAGGGGGAGGAAAACGCCGUGGAGGCCGUGGCGGUCGCGGAGGCAGUGCUGCAAACAUGAAGAGCGGAGAUAACGACAAGGACCCGAGCGACGAUCGGUACCCGGGUCUAUUCUACUUCGUGUCGACGCAAGUACCAGCUGGUCCAGAGAAGGAUGAAGGCUUUGAGGAGCCAGCAGCUGUGGGGAAGGUGACCCUACACCCCCUGGACUAUUGGGUGAUCGAUAGUGGCGCUACCUAUAGCAUGACACCUCGCCCCGACUUGCUCACCGAACUCGAGCCGUCACCGGUGAAGCAUGUCACAUCGGCUUUGGGGCAGCGAGCGGAGGUGAAAGUGUAG